CCUUGCCCCUCCUCUCGCGCUCUCUGAUACAUAUUCACGCCGACUCAUCUUCGAUUGUGUUCGUCGCUGUUGGCUUGCUCCGCGACAGCCAGAUAACUGAGGAACUGAUAACUCUUUGUACAUGAACUAUGCAACCUCAACUUGAAGAGGAACCGACGGUUGGCAAUCAGGCUGUGCAACACAUGAAUUCCGAGCCUGCCAUGGCCAGUGAGCAGAUAGUGGAGCCACCACUGGCACUAGAUGCAGAUGUCGAUGUCGGCGCUGCGGCCCUGGGAUCUCGCCGUGCGCGCAUGAGCCACAUCCUCUUGCCCACCUACAAAGAAGUCAAACGCGAGGAGCUACGGAAGGCCGCGCUAGGACAGACUCGAGAUAACAUAUCCGAUGCCACCAUUAGCAAGGCAGAGCCCGCCGAGGACAUCAGCUUGGACCGCAUCCCGUCAGCUCCGGGUCGUGUGGUUCAUGUCUUAUCCGACAAAGAAGUGCAAGAAGCUGCUUCACAGCUAACGAACUCGGCUGUGAAGAUCAAAAAGGACUCGCAGUUCAGCUGGAGGAUCGUCACCGACCGCAUCCGCGCGGUCGGCCUGGAGCGCCACCCAAUCCAGCUCAACGACGACACCACGCUGAGCUUCAUGUUCAAUCGGCAUUACCUUCACGACCUCUACGGUGGAAGCUUCGUCGACACGUUCCCGCGGCCCGAGCGGCGGAAGGUCCACUUCCACAAACUGGAUGACUUCAUGUGUCUGCGGCUCGACUACAACCCACACGCCCCUGUGAACCCAGGAGACCCCGGCCUACUCUUUACAUACAGAUCUGCCGAUCGCCUGCGCAAGUACGCAACUGGAUUGAACCGGCUCUUCGUGAGAACGCAAGCCACUCCGGCGUUGUGGCAAUAUAUGGGACAGUAUCGAUUGUACCAAUCGGAGUGUCUCACCAAGGACGAGUUUAUCAGUCAGUCUCCCGUGGUCCGUAAGACAUGGGCGAAGGCUGUUCUCAAGAGAACGCAAAGUAACGACAUCGCCGCCAGGGUGUAUCUCCGGAAGACCCACGAGAGAGAGCCAUCACAGCGCGAAGUGUCCAAGAUGCUCGAUAACAAAAAGCAGAUGAAGAUGGCGAAGACGAAGCUGACGUGGGCAGACGUCGCAGCUGCUUACGAGCGAGGCGAAGAGGAAAUCCGUGUGUACGCGAUGAAGUGCGUCGGCUAUGAUGUCGAGUUCCAGCGCAUCCUCGCGAGGAACUACCGUUUUUUCACACCGCCGGAGACGAAGCGGAAGACAGGGCCAUCUAAUUCGACAGGUGCGAAAGCGUCCUCGAAGCACAAGCGACGCCGUUCGGUGUCAGCGACACCUGAGCCAUCCGAGCCCGAGUACGAUGAUGAUGCCGAUGGCAGCGAGGAUAACGGGGAGAUCAUCGACCUGGUGAACUCCGCGGGUGAGUCGGACGUCGAGGUAGUGCAGUACAGACCGAAGGGGACGCGGUCUCGGGCACAGGCGAAGCGGUUGAAGACGGAGUAGAACACUGCCUCGAUGAAGCUCAUAUUCUUGUUACGCUU